GAAGAGCUCUGAGGUGCUAGAUUCCCAGUGACCACCUGGGAAAUGAGAACCCCACGGUGGGGCGAAUUCCGCACAGCAGUUCGCCACCAUUUCCCGUACCGAGGACCCGGCUUGAGGCCUGGGCUGGGAGGAAAAGUGUCGCUGGAGCCCACGCUUGGUGCCAGCCUCUUUCACAGUUCACAUGGUGCCCAGUGAGCUUUCAGAGGCUUACCCCGUGGAUAUUCUGGAGGAUGACCCCGAAGGCCAUCAGGCAGCAACACAGGUUUACUAUGAGUCCCUCAGGGAAGGAGCCCAGGCCUCUGCAGAGGUCUUCUCUCUUCCUACUGGGGAGCAGGUCAGACUUCAAACUUCAUCUCUUCAUUUUUGUUCUAUGUACCGUGAUGAGCCUCAACAUAAAUUACUGGUUUUGGUUAAUCCCCAGGACACAAAGACAGUUGUGGCUGUGUACUUAAAGGAGUCCUGGUGGUUCACUGAAGACAUCCUAAGAACUUCUGAUCCCACAAGGGACGGACUCAGGAAGGUUCAGUCCUUCGGGGAAAGGAUUGUACUUUUUGUUCUCAACACCAUUAUUUUUGGAAGACUGGAGAGAAAUCUGGAUGAUGAUGACAUGUUUUUCUUACCUCACCCAGCGAAGGAGCAAGCUAAGAUUCUGUGGAGAGGUGGAGCAGCAGUUGGAUUUUACUCAAUCAAAAGGAAAGGCAGCCUCUGUGGCGACGGCACCAGUGCAUGCUACCUGUUGCCUGUCUUUGAUACUGUGUUUGUGCGGAGGAAGAACCGUUGCCAAGGACUGGGGACAGCCAUGCUGAGGGACUUCUGUGACACCUUUCCCGAAGAUGAAGCCCUGGGUAUCAGUUGCCCGAUUUCUCCUGCAAUGUACAGAGUCCUCAGGCAGUUCCUGUUGACCUGUCCAGGCGAGAGGGGGCGCUUGUGGGAGGUGGAGCCCCCAGGGGCCUGGGGCCAGCGUGCCAACAUCUGGCUCAAGGUUUAUCUUCAGGAGGCGAGACUUCAAGAUGGGAGCGCGGUGCACCCCGAAUGUUCUGAAGAGGGCACAGACACUCCCAGGCAGACUUCUCGGGGUGAUGGGCCCACACAGUUUGAUCAUGGAGAAAGCCGUAAGGAGUGCAUCACUGGAGGACAGGAGACACAGAAUGACCAAGAAUGUGUCAAAAGAGAGGAGGAUUCUGGGAUGUCCCUGAGACCCCCCUGGGAUGAGACGGAGGGCAGGGGAGCCAAGAGGACAGUGGCAGUCGCUGGGCUGGUUGGCUCUGGAAUAAGGUGUCUGAAGAAGUGCCCUGGUAAGCCGAAUUCUCUCUGGGAGCCACUUUUACAAGUCAACUGUUGGCAAAUCCAAGACUCUGGAAGCUCACUUGUUAAAAGUAACAAGGCUUCCACUCCUCAGGAGGAUGCUAUGCAUGGGACCGUAUGAAGGGGUCUCUUGGCAGAAAUGGACUCAGAGAUAGGCCAUGGUACCCAUCCAUGAUACACAUUCAGCCUCGUUGUAACCUCAGAACUCAAUGCCAGAGGUUUUCAGGGGGUCAAGUUCCUUCUCUGGGGACUUGUUAGUCACUUCAGAGCUUCUUGAGGGCAAGCACCAGGGGUGUAUAAUGUCCACUAUGCCAGGGCCAGAUGGUGCCCACUGUGGGCCUUGGGCUAUUUCUGGCCCAAUAUAGUGCCCGUGCUACCUUCAAUGCUACUGGAUUCAGCUGUCUGGACAUGGGGUGGGAUUUCUCCCAGAGAAAGCUGGUCUGGUACUUUGUUUCCUGAACGGUCAAAGGACACAAGCUGUGGGACCUCAGUUACUUACUAUUCAUCAAAGCACCCGUCUCUCUGCCCAUUUCUAGUACAUGAAUAUAUAUAUACACACACAGCUCUCCUUUUCUCUCUCUUCCUUCACCCCUUCUCUUCCUGUCUUCCCCUUCCUCUAUCCAUUUAUAUUUAUCUAGUUAAUUUAUAUCUAUUUCCCAAUUCACCUCUGUAUCCUCUCUCAAUUUGUCCUCUUACUUCCAUCCAACUCUCCAACCAUCCACCCACCCACCCAUCCGUCUACCCGUGCAUCUUCUACCCAUUCAUCCAUGCAUCCAUGCAUCCACCCACCCACCCACCCAUCCAGCCAGUGUGCUUUCUGUUGGACAAGCUCUGUGUUGUGCUUGGGAGACUGAACCCAUCUCAGCCCCAGGGAGCUUCUUUGGAGGGCUGCUCCUGAGUGUCCACUGCAGUCCUCAUCCCUCUCAUACCCACUGCAAAGAGGGAGGGGCCAAGUGUAAGGAGGCAGCCGCACGUGCAGCUCCCUACGGGAACACCUCGAGUCCCCGUUUGCAUGUGGGAUCUGUGAAGGAGUCCCAGAUCGCAGGAACGGACUGAGCAUCUGAGAGGUGCUUGGUGUGGGACCCCCCACAUGCCCUUUAACAUGUGGUUCAUGUGCUGUGAAGAUUUGGUGUUUUCUGUUUAGAUGAAAUUUAACCUAUAAGUAUCUCUGGGAUUUAAUAAAGUUAUUAUUCAAUAAAAA